AAAAGCUUUUGGACUUACUCGGCAAGCGGCCGCGUCGACUGGUUCAAGGCGGAAUUGUCGCUUGUGCAAGAGCGACUCCGGAAGAGCUUCGGACUCGAGAACCUGACCGAACAGGUUCUGCUUCCGCUUCUGUUUUGACGAGUCAUACGCGCACCUAAACCUCGUCGUGGGGGCAAAGCAGGGUGGGUCCAACCCCUUCCGGAUUAUCUUGCGUUCCUUGUCUCUUUUUUCGUUCAGAAUCCGCCCGGGAUCGGACCAGCAUCGACGCCUGAAGCGUCCACCCUGACCUCCCCUAUUGUAGUUACGGAGCUUCGGAUCCUUGACCUCUGCGAGCGUCCCACGCCGACUCUCUUUCGCUCCUUUCCUAGGACAUGCUUCCUUGUGGCUCUUGGAUAUAUUGUCGCAUUCAUACAGUAUCCCAUGAGGAGUCAAUUAGCCUCAGAUAUCAAGGUCACCGCCGCGACUUCUACCCGUGCAGUCCCAAUCGCUCGCUGUCUACCCCUUCCUCAACGGCAUAAUGGGUGUCUUCGCUCUCGCUAUUCCAGGCAUUCUCCUUGGUGAACGCCUGCGCCAUCAUACUCAGGAUCGCGAAUACGACCCCGAGAAGGCUGUUCGCCAUGAUUCGCGUCCCUCCGGAGAUCUCGACCGCUCCUCACAUGAUAUCCUCUCGCCAAAUACCCCUCACCGUCGCGCCCGUCGUGUAUGCUUUGAUGCCAAACACCCUACAUCUGCCAAUGGGCCCGGGCGCUCUACCGUACACCACUCCGAUGACCUUCCUAAAUCGACUCCCUCGAUGUGGCGGAAGGCUAAAGACUAUGUUUGGCCGUCCGCUGAACAGCUUGCUGAUCUGGACACUUUUGUGCCCAAUUACCGGUGGACCCCGAUUCUCUCAGGAAUUAUCAUACCCUUCUCUAUCCUUCUCGAAAUCCCUGGCUUGACGGAGAAGUGGUACAUCAAGACGGAGGGCACUCAGAUUGUGGCGGUACAGAAGAACCCGAUCAUCCUGGAAGUCGGACUUGCCAUCUCCAUGGCCAGUGCGGUUAUCGCAAACGUCGCGCUCAUCCUCCGCUUCUUAGAGAAGAGGGUUAAAAGUGUUACGCUACUUUGCGUCGCUUUUCUAACACUACACGAUGUCAUCAACAUCAUUGUUGUCACCACCUUCGGUGUCGAGCAUCGCUUCGACGACGGUUUCACGUAUGGCGAAGCUUUCUGGAUGACGCUCUGCUCUACUAUCGUGUCCAGCGUUACGAAUGUCACUUUGAUUGUAGACUUCGUGCGUACCCCUGACUUCGCCAAGCGAGGAAGUGGUCUGACGCGUAGACAGCGCUCUCUCGUCAUCAUCGUCAUCAUUCUGCUCGUUUACAUCGCUUUUUGCGCCUUGCUGAACUCCGUCAUCCUGGAGCUCAGCUUCAUUAACGGCCUAUAUUUCACCGUCGUUUCCAUCGAAACUAUCGGAUUCGGCGACAUAGUCCCCGAAAGCACUGGUGGAAAGGUUUGGACAUGCAUCUUCGUCUCCCUCGGCAUCCUCCUCAUCGGUUUGGCUAUCGCGAUGUGUCGCGAGACUAUCCUGGAAGGCCUCGAGAUUGGUUAUAGGCGCCGCGUGCGCAAGAUGCGCGAACAUCGCCGCGAGACCCGUCGGUUUCGCCGGUGGGAGGCACGCUGGAGACGCGCGGUCGAGUUCCGCCUUCGCGAGAUGGGCUUGCCUGUCUGGGUUCCUGACAAGCCGAAGGACGAGGGCGCGAUCCGCGUCUUUGGCGUGGACACUGGCGUGAAGAUGCCUUUCUACAAGCGAGUUGGCACGCAUAUCAAGCGGACGGCGACGAUAACGACGAUAGCCUCGGUGGAUUCGGUCCUCCGUCGCAACAAGCACCGCAAGAUGCAUCUGAACGUCGAAGCCCUUAGGAACGUUCAGCUCGAAGAGGCUGCGCUCGAGGCGGGCGUCCCGCUCGAGAUGUUCAGCGACCUCGGAGCGCGCCCCGAGCUACAGCGCAGCGAGGCCUUGGGCACGAACGCGAUGGAGGCGCAGAAGGCCACGGAGGGUACAGGCGUAGGUCCCACGGUACAGGCUACCUUAGCGGCCGCCACAUUCCACGACUCGAUCGCAAGUGGGUGGGUCCACAACCCAGAGACGCCGACUCAUGCACAGCUCGGACGCAUGGCUGCUAUGCUCACGAAGUUCUCUUUGGCGGUGUCGGGCCACCAUGCGCACCCGCCUGCGCUGCCGCACAGCGAGUAUGUACAAGAGGCGAAUCUGUUACAUCCCCACGCGCCUCCCCCGCAUGACCCGUCGGAGGAGGAGCAUCGUAGGCCAACACACGGGAACUCGUUUGAGGACAUAAGGCGGCAUCCUGCAGCAAAGUGGCUCAGGGACUUCACACGGGGUGCCAACCAGCGUUCGACGUGGACGUACGAGAAGCUUAAGGAGGACAUGGAACAGGAAGAGAGAAAGGCUUACUGGGCUAAGCUCACGAUCGCUUGGUCGCUUCUCAUCCUCUUUUGGACGAUUGGGUCCGGCAUCUUCUGUGCCACGGAAGGAUGGACAUAUGGGGAAGCCAUGUACUUCUGUUUCGUCGCUUUCAGUACGACUGGAUAUGGUGACUACUCGCCCAAAACUCCGGCUGGUCGCUCCGUAUUCGUCGUGUGGGCUCUGUUUGGUGUGGGUACUUUGACGAUCCUUAUCUCGGUUUUGCAAGAAGCGGGAUCGUAUCGUUACAAGAAUGCACUCCACUCGCGUGUCUUCGACAACGCUGUCAAGAACUACCGCAAGCGUUUGAAGCAGACCCAGGAUUCUAAACGCAAUCGGAUGAACUCCAAGAAUACUGGUGCCGGACCCGGCGGUGUACGGACAGCCGGUCUUCAGCAGCAGAACAAGCCUACUUUCGUACGUCUUCGGGAGGCGGACAAGCAAGCGCGGCGAGCGCUCGAGGCGCUCCCGAAUGAGAUCAUACGCAGCGCUAGAACCUUGCACGACUACAUGGAGUUCUUCGUUUCAGGUGUGGAUGGGCUCGACACGAUUGAGGAGGGUGACGUCGCUUCCGGGACGCCAAACAUCCCGCCUGAUAUGACGAAGCUCCUCGACGAACUCGGAGAUAUGGAGGGCAUCAACCCGAGGCUGAAGGCGGAAAUCCUACAGGACGAGGAUGCGAGGAAGACACUGUUUAUGCUCAGUCUUGAACGUUCAAUGAAGCGACUUGUCGCGCAUGCCGAAACGGCGAUGUUGGCGUUGUCGGAGCGGGACGCACUCGUCACUGCGACCGGUACGGAGCACGCACAUGGCGUUGGCCUUCAGCAUUUAGACUGGACGCGGCGGAAGAACAGCGACGGCCGCAUUCGCGCUCAAUCAGAGCCGCCGUCGGUGACUCCGCGUCGUAUCCAGGAGGACAUACCUCGGACGGUUUCGGAGGGCUCGUCCAUUCUGAAUCCUCGAGACAGACUUGGAACUUGUCUCUCCCAGCAAGCUUCCCAUACCAUGCGCAACAGAGAUCGUGCUGCGUCUUCUGCUUCGUCUUCUUCUACAACCACCUCUUCUUAUUCCAAUCCCAUGGCUAGCUGACGCAGAGCAUAACCUGUGGGUAUCAUGCAUGCUAUCGACAUGGACUCAACCAUCAUCCGUCAUCUUCGUUAGUUUCCCCAACGUCUGACAUCGCAUGACUCGUGCAUUUGUACUAUAUCGCAUAUAAGGACAGAGAAACAUACUACAUGGAUUCGGGAAUUACUUCAUGAUAUGGACAUCAUUUUCUGUAUCAUUACGCAUGUGAGCUCUAGAGUACGCCUAAUUCAUAAUUACG